CACCCACUGCCAUGGUCAGUGCUAUCCUCUCCCUUCUACCGCCAUGAGCAACCACCCGCCUUCCCCUCCUCCCACUGCGAGUCAAGACAAUAGCGAGCUCAUACGUGAUAAAGACGAGCCCCCUCAGCAGGAUGAUGCGGAGGCGGCCACCGAGCUCUUGCAUUCGAUGAAGCCUUGGGAAACACACCUUGCGUUCCUUAGUCUGGCCGCUGGAGGAUUUCUUGCGGCGUUGGAUCAAACGAUCGUCUCGACCUCCAUGCCCACUAUUGCUUCGGAAUUCAACAAGCUGAACGAGCAAAGCUGGAUUGCCACGUCAUAUCUCCUUACAUCUACAGUAUUUCAGCCAUUCUUCGGCCGUGCUUCGGACCUCUGGGGUUGCAAGGCCAUGCUAAUCACAGCCAUUGUACUAUUCGAGUUCGGCUCCCUCAUGACUGCUACCGCUCAGAAUUUUAUAUGGCUCUGCUGUGCUCGAGCUGUUGCUGGCAUCGGUGGUGCGGGUCUCAUGGUUGUCAUCAUGAUUAUGAUAAGCCAAAUGGUGCCGCUGCGAGAGCGAGGGAGGUACAUGGGAGUGAUGUAUGCGCGUCUUGCUCUAGCCAACGUGCUUGGCCCUGUUCUCGGUGGUAUAUUCACGCACGACGUCACCUGGCGCUGGUGCUUCUAUAUCAACCUCCCCAUCGGUGGGCUUGCCGUGGUGAUCAUCCUUUCCCUCCUGCACAAGAUCCCGGACAGAAAGAAAGAGCACGUCACGCUUGCGGAUAUCGAUUUUGGUGGCAUCGCGAUCCUCUCGGCGUCCGUUGUAUCUCUGCUCCUCGCCCUGUCGUGGGGCGGCGUCGUCUAUCCAUGGAGCAGCAAGCAGGUCAUUGCCCUGCUUGUCGUAGGCGGGGGGCUAAUCCCUGUCUUCAUUGUUUAUGAGAACAUGGUACCUCAUUACCCUGUCAUUCCGCUCUCGAUGUUCCGCCAUCGCAACGUGGUCAUUGCGACUGUGAAUUAUUUCUUUACUAACAUGUCCGUGUAUGGGCUAGCGCUCUAUAUCCCGACCUACUUUCAGCUAGUCAAGAGAGACACGCAACUGAUAUCCGGUCUUGAACUACUGCCCUAUAUCCUGCCGCUCUCCUUCUCCUCCGCUCUUGUCGGCAUUCUGGUAUCCAAGACAGGCUGGGUCCGCCCGUGGCUCUGGGCCGGCGGCAUGGUCAACCUCCUCGGGAACGGGCUGUGCAUUCUGAUCAACGGGCGCACAGCCCGCGGCGCCGAGUUCGCGUUUCUGAUCAUCGCCGGUCUCGGGAUGGGCUUCGUGUACCAGACGAACACGCUCGCGGCACAGAGUCAAGUUCGCCGCGAUGAGCUGGCGAGCCUGACGACGAUGACGAUGUGGAGCAAGAGCCUGGGCGGGAUUGUCGGUAUCUCAGUGCAGGAUAGUAUCAUCCAGAAUAUCCUGAAGAAGCGAGUGAUGGCGAAUCCUCUUUCUGCUCCGUACGUCGGCGCCAUCGCCUCUGUAUCUACGAUCGAGGAGACGCCUGCUGCUGUGCAAGCAAUCAUCCGCGGAGCAUAUGGUGUCGCCUUCUCGGACAUGAUGAUUGCCACCACGGCCCUUGUGGCUGUCGGUUUUGUCGUGUCACUCUUCACUGCUAAAGUGCCGUUGGGGAAGAAGGUCAAGCCGGAGAAGGAAAGAGCGGGAGGGGAUGUCGAGCUGCAGAGGACUGCUUCACGGCAAGUGUCAGCUCCGGAUACGAAGGAAAUUUAUCCGCUGGAGAAGAACAAUGCAGGCCAGGAGAUGAGCGAAUCGGAGAGGUCGACAUGAGUUUCGUCAUCCCAUCAUAUGAUGUUAUGUGGUUUGUCAUCAGAAUUAGAUGAGAGAGAUAUGCACAUAUGUAAUUGCUCUAUCCACGAAGCUCGGCGAAUGUACGGAGCGAGCGAAUCAUUAUUCCAUUCUGAGGGGGGUUGAUUUACAAGACAACAGAGGAGCUGGAGAGGGCCACUCUGGUAUCGCAUGGAGGAAGCCAUUAACAUUAAUGUACAUCUCUAUGUUCAGCC